AUGAUUCCACCUGGGGACUGCUUAUAUGCGGGAAGGAAGAGAAGGAAGCCCAUCCAAAAACAAAAACAGACAGCGGCCACCCAGAAGACCAAUCCAUCUAAGAGGCACCGUGACCGUUUGAAUACAGAGCUGGACCGGCUGGCCAGUCUCCUACCCUUCACCCCGGACAUCAUCUCCAAACUGGACAAGCUCUCCGUGCUGCGCCUCAGUGUCAGCUACCUCCGGGUCAAGAGCUUCUUCCAAGCCAUCCAGGAGAAGCCAUGCAGAAAGCACAUCAUGAAGCCGCCUUUGAACCACCAGGAUACCAGGAAAGAGAGCCUGCCCAUUGGAACCCCGAGGACCAGCAUCAGCGUGGUAGAGAGUGACCUCUUACUGGAGUCCUUGACUGGUUUAGCCUUGGUGGUGAGCACAGAUGGGUUGAUAUUCUACGUCUCCACCUCCAUUGUUGACUACCUGGGCUUUCAUCAGACGGAUGUGAUGCACCAGAAUGUAUUUGAUUAUGUACAUGUGGAGGAGCGGCAGGAGUUCAGAAGACAGCUCCACUGGGCCAUGAACCCCGGGCCCCAGGGGGCAUCCCUGAACCAGCACUCGGCCACAGUAACUGAUGAUGAUUUUGUGAUGAGCAGUCUCUUUAACGCCCUGGAGCCUGACGGUGUUCCUCUAGAGCUCACCUCUUUCCUGACUCGCUGUUUCAUCGCCCGGGUCCGCUGCCUAUUGGACAGCACCUCAGGCUUUCUGAGCAUGCAGUUCCAGGGCAGCCUGAAGUUCCUGCAGGGCCAGAAGAAGAAGACAGAGUCCGGGGCACUGCUGCCCCCCCAGCUGGCCCUGUUCUGUGUGGCCGUGCCCCUCAUGAUACCCUCCAUCACAGAGCUGAAGAUGAAGAACAUGACGGCCAGGAGCAAGAACAAGGGCCCCGUCAUCACCACACCGGAUAAGCACAGUGACAAGAGGCAUUGCUCCUCCAGAGGCUCAUAUGACAGCAGUGACUUACUGUUUCUGAAUUGGUCCAGCAGCACUACCAGAGAACCCUGCCACUACACCCCAUGGACACCCCUCUCCAAAGACGGCACCAGGUACAAGAACGACAGCUACUACACCCAGGAGGAGCCCCUGAACUUCUGCCUAUCCUCCAUGAGUGGUGGUCCCAAAGCUCAGAGCAUGGAUCAUCCAUGGGACAUUCGCACAGGGUCCGCCAUGCGAAAGGGCCCAAGCGGCACCUACACACCAGGCAGACAAAGCAAGUACAAUCACCUGGGGAAGACUAGAUCCUACAGGAUGUCUCCAGGAUAUCACGCUAACAGACAGGACGCAUCUCAGAACAAGCUGUACGGAGGCCUCCACAGCCCUGAGGUGGAGAGCUACAGCGAAGAUGGCAUGAAGACAGACAACAGGUACAUGGGCAACCAUCUUGACUGUUACAAUGGCAUGGUGUUGCCUGAGACGGCCAUAAAAACAGAGCAGGACUCUGACUCAGAAAACGGUUGCAAUAUCUACGGCAUGACCCAAAAUAGAGCCUGGGUGGGGAACGAAAAGCGCUACAUGGGCUACUCAGAAGAACCACAGGUGAAGUCAGAGGCUGACUACUAUGAACAAUACACCACCUGCCAAAAGAACAAGACCAACAUGAGCCCAACGCUCAAUGGACACCAUAAAUACUUAUAUACAGCGGGGAACAGGGCUCAGAAGGAUCAUAGGAUACCACACUCAGACACUCUGUGUAGCAGUCAGGGAGAAAACUGUACGGACAUCAGUGUAUAUGGCUACAUGCAGCAAGACAACAAACUGAACUACGAGUUCAGGAAUCACCUGGUCCACGCUAUAAAGAGGGAACCCAUGGACUCACCUCCAUGGUCUGACAAUGGCCAUGACAUUAGCCAAAUACCCAUGCAGAGAAGUAUGAUUCCCAACUCAUCAAUGAAUGCUAUUGUAUACAAACCAAACCCAUAUAUCUACAUGCAAUGA